CGGUAUAUAAUCUGUGAAUGUACUGCUCUGAGUCUGAGCGGCAGCUGGAGCUUCUCGUCGCACGUGUACGGAAAGAAGCCGAAUAACGAGCGUGGAACAAAGCUGAGAAAUGACUGACUGAGAGGACGAAAAGAAAAACGCACUCAUUUCUUCCUAUUCUUCUUCUGAUAGCUGGAGGAAGACGCAGAGAGCUGCACCACCACCAGGAAAUAUCUUCGAAAUGGAUCUUCAUGAUAAAGAAAUUAUCCCUGGAGAGAUUUUGCCUGUGGUGAUCAUCGGUAACGGCCCAUCAGGGAUCUGUCUGUCAUACCUGUUGUCAGGUUACACCCCCUACCUGUCACCUGAGGCAUCGCAUCCCAACCCCCUGCUGCACAGCAAACUGGGAGAGCAGCCUCACCUGUCGCUGCUGGAGCAGGAUCUGGAGUACCUGUGCGAGGGGUUGGAAGGCCGAUCGUCCAAUCCUGUGGCCGUGCUCUUUGAUUCGCUGCUGCUCCCCGACAGUGACUUCGGAUUGGACCACACAUCUCCGUUGGAAUGGCGAUACGAGCCGGAGCGCGCCAUUCCACACCUGGUGCUGGGGAAGGGACCGCCUGGAGGAGCCUGGCAUGCUAUGGAGGGCUCCAUGCUAACUCUGAGCCUGGCUAACUGGAUGGAGCUUCCCGGACUCAAACUGAAGGACUGGAUGAGAGAGAAACGCAGAAAUGUUCGAAACGACCGUGCCACGCCAGCAGAGAUCGCCUCCUACUACCAGCACUACGUUUCCCAGAUGUCCCUGGAGCAGAGCUUUGCCUGUGGAACCACUGUCACCUCGGUAACCAGGCAGCCUGGCAACCAGGAGGGGGGGCCGCCCUGCUGGAGAGUCACAGGACUGCAGCACAGAGAGGGGGAAGAGCUGGGAGAUGGUUCUGCUGUUUCCGAGGCCGUGCCGUUCUCCAUGUUGGCCCACAACGUGGUGUUGGCGACGGGGACCCACGACAUCCCGGCCCGGCUUGGCGUGGAGGGCGAGUCCCUGCCCUACGUCUGCCACUCCUUCUGGGAGCUGGAGGCCGCCAUCUCUCGCGGCGAGCUAGACCAAUCGUCAGACCCCGUGCUGGUGGUGGGGGCGGGGCUUACGGCGGCCGAUGCGGUACUGGCCGCCCACCAUCUCAACACGCCGGUUUACCACGCCUUCAGACGCUCGGUCACUGACCCCGGCCUCAUCUUCAACCAGCUGCCCAAACUGCUCUACCCAGAGUACCACAAGGUUCACCAGAUGAUGACUCAGCAGCAGUACCAGCCAAGCCCUCCACCACAGGACCACGCCCAGAACCUCCAUGACCCCUCCACCCCUUCCUCCCUCCCUCCCUCCUCCUCCACCACCCCCUCUUCACCCCUCUCCUCCUACACAGGGUACCUGAGCUUCCCGCGCUACAGGGUUGUGGCGCUCAGACCCGACCGGAAGUGCAUUCUGGAGUCUGACUCUGGCCAGCGGACGGUGGUCCAGAUCUCAAAGGCGCUGGUUCUGAUCGGCGCCCACCCCAACCUCUCCUUUCUGGGUGACAAUGGCCGUUCGCUUGGCGUCAACCCCAACGAGCCAAUCACGUGCCGGAGGAACCCGAUCGAAGUGGACCCGUUCACGAACAAGGUGGUUGCGGCAGACGGGCCGGGCAUGUACGCCAUGGGGCCACUCGUCGGCGAGAACUUCGUCAGGUUCCUGAAAGGAGGAGCGCUGGCUAUCGCUAGCGACCUCGCCAAGACACAAAGGGUGGGGGGAAGGGAGUUAACCACAGACAGAUGGGUGGACAGACAGACGGAAGCAGAGGUUUGUGAUGGGGAUUCGUAGCAGGUUUGGGAAUGGAUGAGUGGACUGAGGCGAAACCAAACUACUCUGGUCGGAUCCGAGCUCAUCGAUUGAGACAACACAGGAAUUGCUGCAAACAAAAGGUUUUCCACAUAUUACAAAGUAGGGAAAUCAAGCGCGCUGCUAAGUUGUUUUGAGGUGUGAAACGGCCAACAAAUGGGCUGUAGGACUGGAAAUACACUGGUUUGGAUGGGUCUGAUCUGUUAGUAGAUCUACUGUAGAUUUGGUAGGGCAAAAUAAAAGCCUUCAGAUCUGAAAAUCCCGAAAAGCAGCUUAAAAAAGAAGCCGACAGUUGUGCUCCUACCGAAAUACAGGUCGGUCGUACGUAAAUUGGAGUUAGAAUGAGAAAGAGACACUGAAGUCAAGGGUGUGAUGGUGCGUUUGGGUCAUGCCUGUAAAAGUAUAAAGCUUAAAAUGUACAUCUUUACCAACUACAAGUUGUUCUGGAAGGCUGUAAACUCCAUCAGCUUAUGUGUACUAUCCAAUACUGGAUUUUAGAGGCUGAUACCAAUACCUGCAUUUGAGUAUUUCAAACUCUGAUAUCAAUAUAUUGGCAGAUAAUCUUUUUCUAUUAACAUUCUGGAUGACGAUCACU